AUGGAGUCCUUCGUCGUCAAGACGCCGUGCUCGAGCGCCAACAUCGGCCCCGGCUUCGACGUCAUCGGCCUCGCCCUCUCCAUCUACCUCGAGCUGCACGUCACCAUUGACCGGUCCAAGUCGUGCUCCAGCCAGCCGCUCAACUGCAGAAUCUCGUACGAGGGCCAGGGCGAGGGCACCGACGACAUCAGCCUCGACCCGCAGAGCAACCUCAUCACCCGAGUGGCGCUGUACGUGCUGCGAUGCCACGACCAGCGCGCGUUCCCCGUCGAGACUCACGUCCACAUCAAAAACCCCAUCCCGCUGGGCAGAGGGCUGGGCAGCUCGGGGGCUGCCGUGGUUGCCGGCGUCAUGCUGGGCAGGGAAGUGGGUGGUUUGAAGGGCCUCGACCUGGACCGCUUGUUUGACUACUGCCUCAUGAUUGAGAGACAUCCGGACAAUGUCGGAGCCGCGCUGUUUGGCGGUUUUGUCGGAACGUACCUCAUGCCGUUGAAUCCCGAGGACGCGGCCAGGAUAGAGGUGCCGCUCUCGGAAGUCCUCCCAGCACCCGCCGGCGGCGUCGACACCGGGGAAAAGCCGCCGUCUCCGCCAGUCGGCAUCGGCCACCACAUCAAGUUCCCCUGGGCCAGGGAGAUCAAGGCCGUUGCCAUUAUCCCCGACUUCAUCGUGCCUACGGCUUCGGCUCGAGCAGUUCUUCCCGCCAAGUAUCCCCGCCCGGACGUGACCUUUAAUCUUCAGCGUAUUGCCUUGCUCCCCGUGGCGCUUGGCCAGUCUCCCCCCGAUCCUGAGCUCAUCCACCUCGCCAUGCAGGACAAGAUCCAUCAACCGUAUCGUCAGACGCUCAUUCCCGGGCUGACAGAGGUAGUCGAGUCCAUGUCCCCCAAGACGCAGCCUGGCUUCCUGGGGGUAUGCUUGUCCGGCGCUGGCCCCACGAUCCUGGCGCUUGCGACCAGCAACUUUGAAGAGAUUGCCAGCAAAAUCAUUGCCACGUUGCGGCAGCACAAUGUCAAGAGAGACUUGGCCUGUCAAUGGCUGGUUUUAGAGCCCGCCGAGGGCACUAGCGUUGUUCGAUAG